CCGGACCUGCUCUCUCUCCAUCCGUCCUCAUUAAUUUAUUUAUUUUAUGCUGGUUUUCCUCCCGUUCCUGCUCGGAUCUGCUGUGAGCUCCGGGACGCUGCUGAAGCGGAACGCGUCGCUUCAUUUCUGCAUCCAGCGCAUCCGGUUUCAGUAUUAUCUCUUUAUUUUUCUUUUACCCUCCGGAGAUGCCGCCGUGAUGGCAGCUCGGUGCCUCGCGGAGAGAGAGGAGGACGGAGAGGAGACCGCGACCGACCAUCCGACCAUCCGAUCCCCACACAGCAUCACCAGCAGCAUCAGGACCACCAGCACCAGCAUCCUUUAAUACCCGCCUCCUGCCGCAGCAUCCCCGCCUGCCUCCGCGCUAUCUCUCGCGCUCCCGUUAGCCGGUUGCAUGAUGGUUCGUGUGGUGAGCGUGCUGGGCUUGGUGAUGUUCAGCGUGGCUCUGCUCAUCCUCUCCCUCAUCAGCUACGUGUCCAUCAAGAAGGACUUCAUCUUCACCGGCCCCAAAUACGCCAAUCCCGGCGGUCCGCGGAUGUACAUGUUCCACACCGGGUUCAGGUCCCAACUGGCCAUGAAGUUCCUGGACCCGGCGUUUACGCCUCUGAACAACGCCCUGAACGAGAACCUGCAGGAGAACUCCUCCAAGUGGAAGUUCAACAGGACGGCGUAUUUAGAGCAGAGUAAAGAGAUCGCUCAGUACAUCGAUAUUCCUCACAACUUCACCCUGACCAAGAACAGCGUUCGAGUGGGUCAGCUGAUGCACUACGACUACUCCAGCCAUAAAUACGUCUUCUCCAUUGGCGAGAACUUCCGCUCUCUGCUUCCAGACUCCUCCCCCGUCCUCAACAAGCGCUACAACACCUGCGCGGUGGUGGGAAACAGCGGGAUCCUGACGGGCAGCCGCUGCGGCCCCACCAUCGACAAGUACGACUUCGUCUUCCGCUGCAACUUCGCUCCGACCGAGGUCUUCCGCAGAGACGUGGGGCGCCGCACCAACCUCACCACCUUCAACCCCAGCAUCCUGGAGAAGUACUACAACAACCUGCUCACCAUCCAGGACAGGAACAACUUCUUCCUGAGCCUGAAGAAGCUGGACCGCGCCGUCCUCUGGAUCCCCGCCUUCUUCUUCCACACCUCCGCCACCGUCACCCGCACCCUCGUCGACUUCUUCGUGGAGCACCGGGGUCAGCUCAGAGUGCAGCUGGCCUGGCCCGGAAACAUCAUGCAGUACGUCAACAGGUACUGGAAGACGAAGCAGCUUUCCCCGAAGCGUCUGAGCACGGGGAUCCUGAUGUUCACGCUGGCCUCGUCUCUCUGUGAGCAGAUUCACCUGUACGGCUUCUGGCCCUUCGGCUGGGACCCCAACACGGGCAAGGAGCUGCCCUACCAUUACUACGACAAGAAGGGCACCAAGUUCACCACCAAAUGGCAGGAGUCCCACCAGCUCCCCACUGAGUUCAAACUGCUCUUCAAGAUGCACACUGAGGGCGUGCUGAAGCUCAGCCUGUCUCACUGCGCUUAGAGGUCAGAGGUCGUCGUCAGAAGGUCACGGGCUGGAUUUAAGGGUCGGUCAGGUUUGCAGAUGGACGGUUGGGCGGCUCUUGUUUUGCAGGGCCUGUUUUUGGGAAGGGGGGCGUAUCAACAUUGAGUUCGGUAUUAAUAUCAGCAAAUAAUGAUCUGAGAGAUGAUGCUGGUAUUGAUAUCAACAUCAGAGUUUCUGACAUUAGCGUUUCUUUAAAGGUCCUGCUUCUCCCAGACUAGACCUGUCCUGUAAAUCCUGCAAUAAGUGCGCCAGCCCUGCUCUGAGUACAGCCCAGAACCUCAGAGCUCAGAGUCCAGCAGCGACUGCAGCUUCCUUUUACAUCUUUCUGUUUCGCGUUUUCGUAGAAGCAACACUCGUGUGGAAAAAUACACUUUAUUUUCAGAAGUUUGUGGACACCUCUUCUCUAACAACUGCAUUCAGCUACUUUAGAGUUAAGUCCUAAAGUACUAAAUCUGUCUAAUACACCAGGGGUCGGCAAUUAAAAAUGAAGUUUAAUGUAGUGUAAUGAAGUGAAAUGGGAUGGAGUUCUACAGACUAGUAGCUCUCCAGCCCAGAGGGUUGUUGAACCCAAUUGCAGAACAGUUGAUCUCAAAUCAGGUAAACCCAAGAAGAAAGGAUUUUAAAAUAAAUAAAUAAAAAAUCACACCGCUCCUCACGUGGGAUCGAACCUGUAUCGUCAGGGUCGCUGUCCAAUACACUACCGCUGCCCCGGCUAGUGAAUUGGGACAAGGCCGGGGAAAAACGCCCUUAUAAGGAGAUAAGGAACUUAGAGCCAAGAAAGGGCAGAAAAACAAGAACUGGCGGAAACUAAACUAAAGUCACGCCGACCGCGAAAGAGAGAGAGACAGGGGAGGAAUGUAAACAAAAGCUCAUCAGAGAAGCAUUUUAUAUAUCUAUAUUUUUUUAUUAUCGUUCGUUAUAGUUCAAACAUCCUCAUGCCUAUUGAACUGUGCAGAGCGUUGGAACAGUGUUCCCUGGAUCGAUAUUUCCUUCAUCCAGUACAGAAACUUUUGGGCCAAAAAAUUUGGGAUGUAACUAAAACGAACUACACUUCUUGCUGAAUGCAGUCAAAUCCUUACAACAAUUUAAUAAUAUAUAUAUAUAUAUGCCCUUCCUGGAUAGUACAGACAGUUACUCCAACAUAAACAGAAUAAACUCUUUUUUUAAUACCCUUUUAAUUUCAGAAUAAAUAAUAAAACGAGGAGGUGUCCCAAUACUUAUGUCCAUAUAGUGUAUGUGAAAACAGAGAGUUUGAAAGACGUGAAGUGAAAAACAGACAUUCUAAGCAACGUUUCAGGACCAAAUGUUGUUUACAGACUGCACGACGGUUAUCGUUAUUUCUUAUAUUUACGUACAGUAUUUAAGAUGCAUUUAGAAUGUAAAAAUGUUUGUUUUGAAGUGUAAAAACAUUGAAAAUGUCGGCGGGGUGGGGGGAGUGAGGGGUAUUGGAGAUAGUAUGUGAGCAGAAGGUUCUUUCGCUUGGGGCCGAUCUCAUUUCAGCUUCCUAAAUAUGUGUUGGGACGCAUAUUUAGAUGGGAAGUGUAUGUACAUAUCCUCAUAUAUAGAGAAACGCUUACCCAUAUCAAGUAGAUACAUGCCAUAUAUGCUCAUAUAUACACUGAUAGAUGAAUAUUUAGGGUUAUUAGAGCUGAUCAUUCCUGUGUGGGUUUUAUUAUUUAGUUUUUUAAUGGUCAUUAGGAUUUUUAUUGUCAUUUACUAUUGGAUAAUAGAGCUGAUGACUGUAUAUAAGCAUGGACGUUUACGUUUAAUUCUGUUCUAUAGAAAUGAAGCCAAAAAUGUCUGCCCACUUCUACAAAACCAAGUGUCUCAGCAUAAGGGAGUAUAGAAGUAUAGAAGCAGAUUUUUUUCUUGUGGAUGCUCAGUUAAAUUCCCAACAGUAAAAGUGUAUGUUCAUUUUUUUCUGACGCUACUACAGUCCAGUCCACUUUGAUUUCAGAUUUUCUAAUCCUGUUCUUGCAGUUUGCCAUCAGCUGCCAGAGCCCUGAGAGAGCACAGUUGGGGAGAGAGCCUGGCUGUUUCUCUCUGGGUGGGUACAGAACAGUAGAUUGUGCUCUUUCUUUCCUCUCAUCACUCCUAGGGUGAUGUGGAUCAGCACAAGGCUGCGUCUGUGAGCUGAUGUAUCAGAACCGAGUCGCUGCGCUUUCCUCCGAGCGUUAGCGCUGUGAUGCUACUCGGCAAAGAGGUUCAAAAAGAGGCGGAGUCUGACUUCACAUGUAUCGGAGGAGGUGUGUGCUGGUCUUCUUUAUCCUCCUGGUGUUGGGGGGCAUCACUUAAGAUAGUCCUAAUGAGUAGGUUAGGUAAUUGGCCUUGUAAAUUGGGGAGAAAAUAGGAAAAGAAUUGAAAUAAAAUAACAAAAAAUUCAAAUAAAAACAAAAACUUAAAAUAAAAUAGGUAGCUAGUUAAAAUAACUACCCGAGCAAAAAAAAUUAACUUAAAUGCAUGUUAAGUCAUAAUUACGACCUUCAACCUUGUAAGUAGGAAUUUCUGAGGAGGACUUAAAGACACCAAUAGACAUUGGAGAUGAUAAAAUAAUUUUGCAAUUGAAAUAUAGGGGAAUGGGUGGAGCCACACGUCAGGCUGCAACCAGCCAGCAGAGGCGCUAGACCUGCGGUGGCGUAACUUUUAGAUGUUUUAGAUGUUGUGCUGUCCAUGCUUUUAUACAGUCAGUGAAAUAUAUACGAUAGUAUAUACAAUAGCCAUGCUGCAGGGUUACUUAGGGUUAUUUAAGGUUAUUUAAGUUCAUUUAAGAGUUUUAGUGAGGUAAUAAUUAAUCAGAUUUAGCAAGCAUAAUCAUAAUCAGUUACAAAGGUGCAGGCAUAUGAAUGUUAUUGAUUUAUCUAUAUAUGUAUGUGUAUGUGUGUGUGUGUGUGUGUGUGUGUGUGUGUGUGUGUGUCCAGGUUAAAAACCCACUAAAGCUACAUUAAAUAAAAUCUGCUCUAUAGAUCAGAAACCUGCAACCUGUGCCAACAUGCGUAUAAGCAUCUGUAAGCAUCAGUACUGGACUUUAAAAACACAAGACCUGCUGUGUAAACAGACCUUUACUAUUACAAUCAACCAUAGUGUUAUAUAUGUUGGAAAAUAUUCCAAAUUAUAAGAGAUAUUUAGGAGAGAUUUUAGGCAUUUCUGAUUAAAAGCGCAGCAGCAAAUCAAAAUAAGCUUUUUGGAAAAUUAAAUAUUUUUACAUAUUCUCAGUAUAUUCUCAAAUUUGAGCAGAAUAUAUGUAAUACUGUAUAUCACAAGGUUUUGUAUUUUUUUUUUUUCAAAAUUAAUUUUUUGUAUGGAAUAAAACACAACAGCUAACAGACAUAAGAUAAUAUAAGAAGUGAUCUCUCAUAAAAUUAAAAAUAUUGUUACAAAUAUGUUUCCAAUAUAAGCUAUUCCGAAACAUAAGGAAUAUAUUGAGUUAUUGAGUAAUAUACUGAGUUAUAUUCAUUUCUAAAAUGCACAAAACUUGCAUCAGGUCAACUUAAACAUCUAUGAAAUAAAAUAUGAUUUUGCUACAUGUUCUCAAUAUAUUUUGAAAUAUGAGAAGAAUAUAUUGUAAUGUAUACAUUUAUAAUAUUACAGUAUAUUAAUUCUCACUAUAUAUGUAUUUUGCUAUGGGACACAUAAGUUAUGACCAACACAUAUCAUUGGUGGCGUAACCCCUAACAAAAGUAAAAAUUAUAUUUCUACAUGUUUUAGUUUAUUCCACAGUUGGAGUUUGAGUAAAUUAUAUAAUAUAAUUUUAAUGUAUUACUUUUAAAUUGUAUUACUUUACUUUUAUGGCAAAACAAAAAACAAAAUCAAUAGUGUAUAUUUUUUGUAUGAUCAGAACAUAUCAAAGGCCACAUUACACAUAUUAAACUUACAUACAGUCAUAUUAUAAAGUAUUAAAUUAUUAUAUAUUAUAUAUAUUUUUAAAUAUAUUUGCAGUAUAUUACUUUUCAAUAAGAAAGAAUCAGACACCUGGUGAUAGAAUACAUUUAUUUAAUUUUUCAAGUUUGUUUAUAUAUAUAUUUAAUUUCGUAAUUCAAUAUAUUGUCCUGAUUUUACUCGUAUAUAAUAAAGCUCAUUGUUAAUGAUGGCUCAAACUCUGAGCACUAAAGUAGUCGGUCUGAUCAUAUUUCAAAUAAUCAAUUAACUAAGCUCUCUGUGUUCUGUAGCUUCAGCAGGGUGUGAUAAUUGAUUUAUCAAUAUUUUAGAACCAGCCCUCGAGGAGGUAAAUAUACUGUAGCACACAGAUGCACAGAUGAAGCGCUAAAUAUUAAAAAUACAGAUUUACUGCAGACGCUUCAGAGACGUGGUUUAUUUUUAUACCCCUCUGAUAAACGCAGCACUAUAAAUAAUCCAGCUGAGAAUAUUUCUGAGAAUAUAUCCAUCUUCUUUCCAGCAUCAUCUUCAUCAUCAUAAUGAUGAUGAUGAUGAUGAUCAUCAUCAUCAUCAUCAUCUGUCUGUAGAUAAACGGAUGUUCUGUGGGCGAUGAUUGUAAAGUUUUACGGAGAUGCCUUUUUGUUCUGGUGUUCAGUAUCUGUAUUGUCUUUAUAUUAAUUAUAAUAAUUUACUGUAAAUCAGUAUACAGUAAUAUUAACACCCCGCCAGACUGCUUUUCAGUGAUAGUGAUAUUUUAAAUAAUCAGAGCUAUUAAAUAUAAGAUUUAUGAUUUAUUCCUUGCUGCCUAAUGCUUAGUAUUAAGGUUUUAAUUCUAUUCUGCUGAUGAUUUCCACUCUACGGUGUUUAUCUUUUACCGACUGCUCCAGAUUGUUUUGGAAGAACAGUUUAAAAUAAGAGUCAAUAGGAAUUGAAUUGUGCUUGUUUGUUUGUUUGUUUGUUUUUGUUUAUUAGUUUGUUUGUUUGUUUGUUUUUUGUUUAUUGGUUUGUUUGUUUGUCUGAUUAGCGUUCACAGUACAGUAUUUGAUUUCUUCAGCGUUAUUGUAAUAAAACAGUAUAAAAGUCCAAUCAAAUGGAGCUCUGUCAGCUAACCGCACUCAGGAAGGGUGGUUCAUUAAUGGUAUUAAUGCAGAAUAAAUAAAUGUGAUGCUGUGAUAUUGAUCAUUAUUGAUAAUAAGCAGCAGUUCUGGUCACUGUAAUCAGAAUGUAUAUAUGUGGCCGUGGCGUCGGAGUCUUGUUGUCCGUCGUGGUGAAAAAGCCGGACGGAGGCUGAAUGUUAAACGCAGCUGUAAUAUUGAUUACACUGGCCUCUGCUUUUUCUCUCUGUUUCAUUGUUUUUAAUCAUCAUUUAAAACUCUGAGGAUGUUUGCUUUGAUCUGUUUGAUCAGAACAAUGUAGGAAAUCAGAGAGAAACACAGAACAGAUUAAAUAACAGCGUUUUUAUUUUGUUUCAUUUUAUUUAUUUAUAAUUCAGUUCAUACGGUUGAAUGUAAUGUAAUGUAAUGCACAUUUUUGCAGCGAGAGAAAAACAUACAAUAAAAUUCAGAUUCAUGAAUCAAAA